AUGUUAGGACUCUGGGCCAAGAAUCUGGUCAAAUUCUGGGCGCAGACUGUCCCAAGUCUGCCGCCAGUCUGGAUAAAGAAUCUUGAUCAAGUGUCUUGGUCGAGAAUUGUCCAAAUCUUUACAAAGUGCUUCUCCAAAAUGGCACAAAGAUUGAAAAUAGAAACCGGACUGGAAUUUUUCGGAAGAAUUCAACCUCGGCCAACGCUUCAAAACUUGGAUGCUGAUUUAUUUCCUGAUGGUGUUUCCAAUAAUGACACGAUUGAAAUCAGAGGAAAUUCAUCAAACUGGAAUUCUCUGCUGCUAACUCAGUUGGUUGCCAAGUGUAUUUUGCCGGUUGAACACGAGGGACAGAAAAUUGGUGGUAUAAAUGUUCGUGUAUUACUUCUCAACACAAAUCAAAGUUUUCUGGUUUCAAGACUUGAGAAGACUAUAGAAAGUAUUUUGUCCAAGAAUGAAAAUUUAGAUUCAAGAAAAAUUGAUAGUAUUACAAAGCGCUCUUUGAAUAAUCUAAUUGUUAUCAAUUGUUAUUCAAGUUUUCAGUAUCUUCUAACCUUAAAAUCAUUAGGUAUAAUUAUAAGCAGCGAGAAGAUAGACCUUGUAGCGAUUGAUAGCAUAAAUGCGUACUAUUGGGAAGAUAGAAAAAAUGGCGGCCGAUGGACAAUGAGUUCUUAUGUUAAAAAUAUUUUGAUGUCUGUACAGAAACAUACUCAUCAUUGGAACAAUUUUUUUAUCUACAGUCAGAUAAAUAAUUUUCAUAAUAAAAGUAAUCAUUUGAAUGCUUGUGUUGAUAAGGCUGAAGAAAAGAUACACCAUAUAGUUAAUGUUGACUACUGCAAUAAAACAAAUAAAUAUAUUUGCUCUAUUGAAUCGCGUGGGAAUAAUUUUCGAAUUGAUUAUCCGAUCGUAUUGAAUUAA